AUGGCGGUAUUCUUACAUCUGAUUUCGAUUUUUCUGGUUUUGCUGCAAAACAGUUUUGGUCACAAAUUGGUUCUAUUCGUUCCAUGUAUAGCAAACAGUCAGGUGAUUUUCAACAGUAGGGUGGCUGAAACGUUGGCAAAUGCAGGUCACGACGUCACAAUGGUUAUGAUAACCCCAUUGGAUGGCUUUGAUUUCAAGCGAGUGAAGAUCAAGAAAGAAAUCAGAGUUCACUAUGUAAAUGCAUCAUUUGGUCUGACAACGAAGGAGCUUGAAAGGAAGCAGGAAAAAUUCAUUUUUGAGGACCUUUCCUUAUUGGACCGAUCACAUCUGGAGUCGGUUGCACUGAUGAGGACCGUGUUUCUGACAUCUUGUCGAAAGAUGCUGGAGAACAAAACCUUCUUAGAUUGGUUGGCAGCCGAGAAAUUUGACCUCGCUUUUGGCUAUGCAAUGAAUUUUUGCCCUGUUGGAAUCAUCCAUCACGCUAAAAUACCGACCUGGAUUUGGCUGAAUAGUGCCCCCCUGAUAGACGCUAUGGCGAACUACAUGGGAGUACCAAUUAUUCCCAGCUACAUACCACCGAUCAUGAUGGAUAGUACGGAUGAGAUGGACUUUUUGGAAAGGACUAAGAGCUUAAUUGGCCAUCUGAUGACAAUUCCUACGUGGAAAUGGAUGCUAAAUGAUCCAGAAACGGCAAUGUUCCGAGAACUUAUUGACCCUAACUUUCCAAACUUGAUUGACUUGGCAAAACAAUGUCCUCUGGUUAUGGUCAAUUCGAAUGAUUUGUAUGAUAUUCCAAGACCAACUCUUGCAAAAAUAGUGAACAUCGGUGGUGUUGGAAUUCAAGCACAGGACGUGAAACCGCUGUCAACCGAGUUCCAGCGAAUAGUUGAUGAUGCCGAAGGAAUUGUUGUCUUCUCUUUUGGGUCAGUAGCACCUAGCGAUAGAAUGCCUAUGAGCUGGAAAAUGGCUUUCAUCGACGCCUUCAAGCGUUUUCCAAAAUAUCAUUUCUUUUGGAGGUAUGUAGGAGCAGACUUAAAAGAUAAGCUUCCAUCAAAUGUUCACACAUUCAAAUGGCUCCCGCAAUCGGAUCUCGUUCAAAAUCCGAAAAUCGCGGCUAUAAUAACUCAUGGAGGGUACAAUAGCUUGCAGGAGGCAAUGUUAGCAGGAGUUCCACUAAUUACUGUACCGUUGUUUGGAGACCAACCAAGAAACGCAAGACUGGCAGAGAAACAUGGAUUCGCUGUAAAUAUUCGGAAAAGUGACGUUAACGCGGAUACGAUAGCCGAAGCACUAAAUAAAAUAAUUACGGAUCGGAGUUACUCCGAAAACAUCAAAAGGUUGUCGCAAAUGGGAAAGAAACAACCGGUGAAUGCCUCGCAUCUUGUGGUUUCGUGGGCCGAGUUCGUCGCAGAAUUCAAAACCUUGGAGAAUCUCGUGCCAGCAGGGACUAAACUCAACUUCUUCCAGUAUUACUCUUUAGAUUUUCGUUCUCCUUCUCUGGACGUUGCACGGCAAGGUUAUCCGCUUUUAUGUGGUGACCCUUGGUUUAACAAAGCAACUGUUCCAUCGCUGCGUACGUAG